UAGAGCCAGCGCGGUGCGCACGCGCACGCGGCAGACGCGUCUUACAGCGGAGCGAGGCGCGCGCGCCGCCCGCAUACGCAACGUCGCACGCACACACACGUACACCGUACACAAACCAGUGCUGCUCUCAUACGAAGCCUGAAUUUCAUGGAAAUAUAUUGUUAUCUAUAAGUGCAGUGAUUAUGAAGUUCAAUUGAUAUUUUUUGGGGAUGAUGGUGAUAGGUGUGAACACAGGUCAGUAGUGUGAAGUAACUUCAGAACCACCGCCAUGGUCGCCAAGGAAACUACAGUUAAGGUGUCGGAGGAGAACAAGGAGGGCCAGUUCAACCUGGACGGCAUCCUCAGCGAGCUCGGCAGCUUCGGCAAGUACCAGCUGCUACUGCUGCUACUGCUCGCCUUCCGAGACUCCUUUCUCGCCAUGUGCAACUUCAACUACGUCUUUACCGCCGCAGAAGUCGACUUUAGGUGUCAGGUACCGGAGUGCGAGGCAGUGGACCCUCGGUUCAAUGCAUCGUGGACGUCAUACGCGUUGACUAACGAGACGGGCACGUGUCGCCGGAUGGUGCCCUACGAGCCGGCAUACAACGGCUCCGUGCUGAGCCACGAGUUCACCUACACCUGCGCGCCCGACAACUUCUCCUGGAACAAGAGCGUCUCCUGCGAUAAGCUGGUCUAUGAGGACUAUAACAGCAUCGUCGCUGAGUUCGACUUGGGCUGUCAACCAUGGAAGAGAACUCUGAUCGGUACUGUACACAACUUGGGGCUCGUGUUCUCCUUCGUCAUAUCAGGACUCAUUUCAGACAAGUACGGUCGUAAAGUAAUCAUCGUGGGUACCCCGCUGGUGGUAGGCGUGGCUGGUCUCAUCAAGUCGUUCUCUGUCAACUACUGGAUGCUGCUCGUCUUCGAGUUCUUAGAAACCGCGCUCGGAUAUGGCAACGCUUCGAUGGUAUUAUCUCUUGAAACAGUGAGUCAGAAACAGAGAGUAAUGUUCUCGUGCAUAGCCGACAUCCUGGCCAGCAUCGGCAGCGCAUCCUUCGGUCUGAUCGCGUGGAAGGUGCCGUAUUGGAGACAUCUCAUGAGAGCCAUCUACGCGCCUCUACUGGUGGUGGUGUUCUACAUCUUCCUCAUAGAUGAGGGUGUGAGGUGGUUGCUGGCUCAUAACAAAAAUCAUGAAGCCGUCAGGGUCCUCAACAAGGUCGCCAAGAUCAAUAACAUCCAGCUGUCGAAGAAAGCGCAGCAGAUGUUGACGAAGAUCGCAGGAGACAGCAAGUCACGAGAGGCUGGAGAGUCGGCCCCACCAGAGCGGCUACACCUGCUGUCAGUACUCCGGUCUAAAAAGAUCCUGCUGCGUGUGCUGCUGAUAGCUGGCUGCUUCUUCUGCUGCACCUUCGUGUACAACGGCACUAUCAUAAACUCUACCAGUGUCUCCGGCAACAAGUAUCUCAACUUCUCCGCCUUGCUGCUCGUACAAGUUCCCACUAGAAUCAUCACGGCACUAACGCUCACAAGAUUCGGCAGGAAGGCUCCCAUCUGUGUGGCGUAUACAUUGUGCUGUGUAUUCUUCAUUUCAUCUGCGUUCAUACCUAAGUCGAUCUGGUGGGCGUCAGUGCUGUUCUACCUGUUCGGCAAGAUGUGCAGCAGUUACGGCGUGUUCUCGAUGUACGUGGUGGCCAUGGAGGUGUUCCCCACCACCUCGCGCAACUCCCUCACCAACAUCGCCAACACCGUCGGCAGGGUGGGCUCCGUGCUCGCGCCGCAGACACCGCUACUCGAGAAGUACAUGACAGGUCUACCGAGCGUGGUAUUCGGUCUGGUGGCUCUGGGACCCGCCGUGCUGGCGCUGCUGCUGCCCGACACCAGCCAGUCAGCACUGCCAGACGAUGUUGUAGACGCUGAGAAUCUGGACAAUCCUCACGAAGAACAUACUUCGGAGAGCGAGAGCCAUGACAACGUUCCCAGACUGUCAGUCUGCGUCACCAGUGGGAAGGAAACGCAAUGAUGUGACAGCAGGACCAUUUAUAUUGCGAAGACCAAAGAGUCAAUAUCCACGUAGUGCAGUGAUUUAGUGUUAAGUAAUUAAGACAUUAAUUGUGAAUCUCAACCGUGUAACUGGGGAUAUUAUGCCAGUUGCUGGGGACAGUGACCUGAGACAGUCGUGCUACUAGUUGUAUAGAGACGUUGUGAUGGCGGACUGUGGCCGCGUGUCUAUGGUGCUCCCGUGUGAUAUUGCUUAGCUGUACUAAUAGGUUGUAGGUUUUGUGAUACUUGGUUAAAGGUCGAGAUGAUGAGCAGACGUCGAAUAAGUCAUUAUGUACUCGCUAGCUUCACUAAGUUUAACUCUCAGAGUUUGCGAGAGUCGAACUGUAAUCUUGAUAGACUUGAUAUUAUAUAAAGUAGGCCUUCCUAAAUAAAUGAUUUCUCUUUUGCAUUUUUCUAUGUUUAUAAUAAUAGAAGAGAAUUUUGUACAAAAUACAAGGAAGCAUUUAUUUAUGAACUCCGUCGUCGACGCGGCUCAUUACGAUAACUUUACAAAUCGUAACGUAAUUAUAGACUAGUGUACUGUAAUAUUUAUACAAUAGUUGUAUUAUUGAUUAUAUUUGUCUGCUUCGGACUCCGCGGAGAUAACAUCUCUCGCAUGUUGCGCGAUGUUUACUUGAAACACAUUUACCAUACGUUUGCACAAAUUGGAAUACUAGUUAGUAUCGUGACCAAUUAUUAUAUUCAAACAUUGUACUAUUUAUCCAUAUUUUAGUUCAUUAAAAAUCCGUUUGUAAUUUGGUAGGUACCUAAACAAUAUAUUUAACUAAAGCAGGUAAAUUAUAUCGAUUUAAAAAUAACAGAUAAAUGACUGCGAUUAUUGCGUCUAGACUUGUAAAGCUCUUGUUGACGAUAGUUACUGUAUCGAUGCGCAUGCGUACCAUUGUACGCAUGCGCAUUAUUUAUUAUUACAUACCUACAACACCAUUGUGUUGUAGGUAUGUAAUACAUGCCAUUAUCUGAUGAUCCUUUACUGAUGUCUGUCUCCUAAUUACUUGGGGAAUAUUUACAAAGAUAGAUAAUUAAAUAUUUUCAAACAUGUCAUUGCCAAAUGAUAAAUGCAUGUUAUCUUUUUAAUAUUGGUAAUCUACAUAAAAUAAUGUAAACCAUUUUUAUAAGGGCUUAAAGAUCAAUACGAUGAAUUUCUUUAAUCCUAAGUUCUAAAGUGUUUAUACAAUCAUAGCAUUAACUGACAAAGCAGUAUCUUAUAAAUUUGUUUAGAUACUUACUGUAAAUAUUUUAACUCAAUUAUUUUUAUUCUACAAUUUUAAAAUAUAUAGACAUAUUUGUUUGCUAACGUAACGUAAAUGUGUUUCAAACAUUAACAGAGUAUCGUGUAGACGAGCAUAAUGUAUUCCUAUAUUAUUGUAUUUAUUUGAAUCCUUGUUUCCGGCUGCCACAUAGCAGGAAUGUGCAGAAAUUUAACUACUGUCUAAUGUACAUCAUUAAUGUAAUGCUCUCAUAAUAUAUCAGGUACAUUAUAAUUAGUUUUUGAUAGCAAUUUAUUAUAUUUGUAGUUAUUUUAUAUAUUUUCUGCUUACUCAUUGUUGAACUGUUGACGAGGAACUCAACUAGUUUCAAGCCACUAGGGCCUCGUAUUCAUCAGCAGCAUUCCACAACUUAUGACGCUGCCAAUGUAUAGCAGCUAUUGUAGAAACUAGUCAAGUUUCUCGUCAAACAGUUACUCGAGUAAGCCGAAAAACGAAAGUUCGAAAGUUAUAAUCCAAACAUGUUUGUAGUUGGUGAAUUUUCUGCAUAUUUCUGUUUAGUCUGACUGCACGUGAAUUUGUGUGCGUCAAGUCAGGCCGCGGGCUCGUGGCUCGAUUAUGUAAAUGUUGUGAAUCUCACAUUGUGAAGUAUUCUAGUUCUAGUUGUUUAGUUGUCUAGUAAUUUUCUAAGUGUUCAUAAUAAUUUAUAUACAAAAUUCA